AUGGGAAACAUUGGCAACGAGAAUGCAGUUCGUAGGGCUGACAUCGCGAUUGAUAGAACAACGCCUGAGAGGCAGACUCGAAUUUCGAAAGACUUGUCUACUUCGCCACACAAUCACGGCUACAUGGAUGAGGCGAACAUGAUACGGAGGGUGGCGGGCAAGAUACCGCAUGUGUGCGUUGUGGGCGCUGGUGUCGCUGGACUAAGAUGUGCGGAUUUGUUGCUGAAGCAGGGCGUUAAGGUAACAAUACUGGAAGGGAGGAACAGGGUUGGCGGAAGACUAUGCCAAAGCGAUGGGCUCGGCCACAGGGUUGACCUUGGGCCAAACUGGAUACACGGGACUGACGACAACCCUAUCCUGGACUUGGCCAAAGAAACCAAGACUACUACCAUGAACUGGGAUGGUCGUCAAUCUGUCUUCGACAGCCAGGGAAACCACAUGUCGGAUAAAGACGCGGCAAAGAACACCGAGCGUGUGUGGGCCAUCGUCGAGCAAGCCAUGAAGCUGUCGAACGAGACUUCAACGACGAUACCAGCGGAGAAAAGUCUGUAUGACUACUUCCAAGAACAGGUCUUAGAAAUGUUUCCCAACAAGAAUGAUGAAGCAAAAAAGCAGCAGCAAACCAUACUCCAAAUGGCAGAGAUGUGGGGCGCUUUCGUCGGCUCGCCCGUUCAGAGACAAAGCCUGAAGUUCUUCUGGCUUGAGGAGUGCAUCGACGGCGAGAAUCUCUUCGUCGCAUCUACGUACGACAAGGUACUGAAAAAGAUCGCUGAGCCGGCACUGAAAGACGCGACGAUGCUGUUUGAGCAUAAAGUGCGGCGGAUCAUAUCAGGAGAGAAGACCGAAGAUACACGCGUCACCGUCGAAGUUGAAGGUCGGCAAAGCAUGACCUUUGACGAGGUCAUCAUGACAGCUCCACUGGGCUGGUUAAAGCGUAAUCUCGGAGCUUUCGUCCCAGAAUUACCGAAACGACUGACGGACGCUGUGGGAAGUCUAGGGUAUGGUCAUCUAGACAAGGUCUACAUCAGCUUCCCAAAAGCCUUCUGGAAUGAGCCUAUCACCAAUGACUCAACCUCGCCAUCCGCGUCCCGCGAUCUCAGCAAACCAAACGUAACAGCAACGACGGCGCCCAUCCACCAAGCGACAGACUCACCAGUCAACCCAGCUCACUACCCAGGCUUCACACACUGGACACAUCCAACCUACGCAUCUGAAACAAACCCCGAAUCCUGGGACCAAGAAGCCGUCAACCUGGCCGCCUUACCAGAAGGCUCAGCACACCCAACCCUCCUCUUCUACACCUUUGGCCCAACCAGCCUGCACAUCGCGCAACUCCUCGCCUCUAAUCCCCAAACAAAGCAUAACACCCUCCUAGACUCCUUCUUUGCACCCUACUACACCAAACUGCCCAACUACAACCCCAAAGACCCCUCCUGCACCCCUACAGCCAUCCUAGCAACAGCCUGGGCAAAUGACGAACUCGCCGGGUACGGCUCCUACUGCAAUUUCCAGGUAGGGCUUGAGAAGGGUGACGAAGAUGUGGAGACGUUACGAAGAGGCGUGCCUGAACGCGGUGUUUGGUUGGCGGGAGAACAUUGCGCACCGUUUGUUGCAUUGGGGACGGUGACGGGGGCGUAUUGGAGUGGGGAGGGCGUCGCGAAACGCGUAUUGCAAGCUUAUGGGCUUGAUGGGAAUUGA